GAGGCUGAGAAGCGCGCGAAGAAGGAUGCCGAGAGGCAGCGAGGACAGCGCGGCGGCCACGGCAACGACGACGGCUGGAGCGGCGAAGCGCCCGCGGACGGUGGCAAGGUGGCGCUGCCUCCAGACCCGGCGAUCCUGUUCGCGGGGUCCAAGCCCACCGAGGAGGCGCCCGAGAAGGGCGGUGACGACUGGUGGGACGACAAGUGGGACCAGGGCUGGGACGCUGGGGCUAAGGGCGCGCCGCGGAAAGGCGAGGACUGGGAGGAGGACUGGAAGUGGAAGGGCCAGGGCUGGGGCGAGAACGACGAGUGGGCCGACGAGGGCGGCGGCGGCAACGGCAAGGCCGACGAGUGGUGGCAGGAAGAGUGGAAGACCCAGGAGAAGCGUGGCAAGAAGGCUCCUAAG